GGUAUUUUGGUUAAAAUGUUCAAAGAGAAAAUCAUGGUGGAAGUCACUUUUGCUAUUGCUUUCCUUUCUUUUCUUCUUUUCUCAAAUGUAUGUAGAGGAAGCAUAAUUGGAAUAAAUUAUGGAAGGGUAGCAAACAAUUUGCCAUCUCCAUAUGAUUCAAUAGAAUUAUUGAAAAAAAUGAAAGCUGGUAGAGUAAAAAUCUAUGAUGCAAAUCCAGAAAUACUUAGAUUAUUAUCAGGUACAAAUCUUCAAGUCUCAAUCAUGGUACCAAACAAUCAAAUCUCAAUCGUAGCAGCAAAUCAAUCAGCUGCAAAUCAAUGGGUACGUGACAAUGUUCUACCAUAUUAUCCAAACACCAUGAUUCGAUACAUUUUAGUAGGUAAUGAAGUCCUAAGUAACAAAGACGAUCAAGGUUUAUGGUAUGAUCUUAUACCCGCGAUGAAUAAUAUUAGGAAUUCUAUCGAUCAACAUAAUAUUCACAACAUUAAAAUUGGUACCCCUUUUGCUAUGGACAUAUUGGAAACAUCAUUUCCACCUUCAAGUGGUGAAUUUAGGUUAGAUAUAUCGAGAAAUAAUUUAUUGAUGCCUUUGUUGAGAUUCUUGAAUUGGACUAAAUCAUAUUUUUUUCUUGAUGCCUACCCUUAUUUUUCAUGGUCACAAAAUACAUCAUCAAUAAGUCUUGAUUAUGCACUAUUUCAAGGAAGUCAAACAUAUGUGGACCCCGUGAGUGGUUAUGUGUACACAAACCUAUUGGAUCAAAUGCUUGAUUCAGUCGUUUUCGCCAUGCAAAAAUUAGGGUUUAACAAUAUCCGAGUGGCAAUAGCUGAAACCGGAUGGCCUAAUGGGGGCGAUUACGAUGAAAUUGGUGCUAAUAUAUACAAUGCAGCUACAUACAAUCGAAAUCUCAUACGUAGAAUUGUGUCAAAACCACCUAUUGGGACACCAGCUCGUCCAGGGUUAACGAUACCUACGUUUAUUUUCUCUCUCUAUGAUGAAAAUCAAAAGGAGGGUCCGGGCACAGAGAGACACUGGGGUAUGUUACACCCUAAUGGUAGACCAAUGUACGAUAUCGACUUGACAGGACAAACCCUAGAUAGUGAAUUCAUAGAUUUACCACAACCAACAAAUAAUGGACCAUUUCAUGGGAAAUUGUGGUGUGUGGUGAAAAAUGAUCAUACUAUGAAUGAAAUGGAUUUAGGACAAGCUUUGGAAUUUGCAUGUAGGAGAAAUGAAACUUGUGAUGAAAUUUCUCCUGGAAAAUCAUGUUAUCAACCUGUAUCUAUUGUAUCUCAUGCAAAUUAUGCAUUUAGUUCAUAUUGGGCCAAGUAUAAGGAAGAUGGUGAAACUUGUUAUUUCAAUGGGCUUGCUGUUCAAACCAAUGUUGACCCAAGUCAUGGAUCAUGCAAAUUCCCUUAUGUUUCUCUUUAGAAAAACAGUUAAGAGAGAUAUCUUUGGAGCCUAUUAUCUUAAUUUUUACAUCUUAGAAGUGGAAUCUUUAUUAAUUUUGG